GACCUGGGCUGCAUCUCCACCACUCUCCCCAAAGCCAUGGCCAAUGCCCUCUGGCACACCAGGGCCAUCUCCUACGCAGGAUGUGCUGCUCAGGUCUUUUUCUUUCUCUUCUUCAUCUCAGCAGAGUAUUGCAUUCUCACCAUCAUGUCCUACGACCGCUACGUUGCCAUCUGCAAGCCCCUGCACUACGGGACCCUGCUGGGCGGCAGAGCAUGUGUCACCAUGGCAGCAGCUGCCUGGGGCACUGGGCUUCUCUAUUCCCUGCUGCACACUGCCAAUACAUUUUCCCUGCCUCUGUGCCAAGGCAAUGCUGUGGAUCAGUUCUUCUGUGAAAUCCCCCAGAUCCUCAAGCUCUCCUGCUCAGACUCCUACCUCAGGGAAGUUGGGUUUAUUGUGCUUAGUAUUCUUGCCAUAUUUGGGUGUUUUGUCUUCAUUGUUGUGUCCUAUGUGCAGAUCUUCAGGGCCGUGCUGAGGAUGCCCUCUGAGCAGGGACGGCACAAAGCCUUCUCCACGUGCCUCCCUCACCUGGCCGUGCUCUCCCUCUUAGUCAGCACUGCCACAUUUGCCAACUUGAAGCCUCCCUCCUUCUCUUCCGCAUCCAUGAACUUGGUGGUGUCAUUUCUGUACUCAGUGAUGCCUCCAGCUAUGAACCCCCUCAUCUACAGCAUGAGGAACCAGGAGCUCAAAGACACACUGAAGAAAUUGAUGUCAUGGACACUUUUCAUUAACAAUAAACUUCUGAUCUCUUGCUAAACGACUCCCAGACUAUCCUAUAGCAGAGCUGUAUUGCUCUUCUAUGUUUAUAAUGUUUAUUUCUUUUUUUUUUAUUUAUUUGUAUUUUGCUGUUUUUAUAAGUUUAUUAAUGGUUCUUAUGCUGUUAUAGUAAUAUUUUGAUUCAUUCCAUGUCUGCUGAAGCAUCAACCUGCUCUCUUUCUC